AUGGCUCGCACCAAGCAGACCGCAAGAAAGUCCACUGGUGGCAAGGCUCCUCGCAAGCAGCUUGCCUCCAAGGCUGCCCGCAAGAGCGCUCCCUCCACCGGUGGCGUCAAGAAGCCUCACCGUUAUAAGCCUGGUACCGUCGCUCUCCGCGAGAUUCGUCGCUACCAGAAGUCCACUGAGCUCCUGAUCCGCAAGCUCCCCUUCCAGCGUCUGGUCCGCGAGAUUGCCCAGGACUUCAAGAGCGACCUCCGCUUCCAGUCCUCCGCCAUCGGUGCUCUCCAAGAGUCCGUCGAGUCCUACCUCGUCUCCCUCUUCGAGGACACCAACCUGUGCGCCAUUCACGCCAAGCGUGUCACCAUCCAGCCUAAGGAUAUCCAGCUUGCCCGCCGCCUCCGCGGUGAGCGCAACUAA